AUGCCUCCUCUCCCUCCCAGUGAACAUGCCAGCUUGAUUGAAUGGUUAAGCCAAAUCCCAGAUAACUUGCUACUCUCACAGCUGUCUAUCCCAGGCACUCACAACUCGUCAGCACACCACCUGUCGCUCCCGUCGGUGCAGUGCCAGGGAACUUCUGUGACAGACCAGCUGCGCCAUGGCGUGCGGUUUUUUGACUUCCGCGUUGCUAAGCCGUUUUUGACUAACUGCGGGAAUGCGUUUGGAUCAUCACCAGACGAUUUGCAGGUGGUGCACGGCUCGUUCCCUGUCCGGCUGCCAUUCCCUGUGAAGCUAGAAGACGAGCUCAAUGAGAUUUAUGCGUUUCUGCAGCAGCACCCCACCGAGACGGCGAUUGUAUCGAUCAAAAUGGAAGGCGACACGUCGGUUUGGCAGGGCGAUGAUUUCCCCAACCUCAUCUGGAACCGGUACGUGGGUCCUUCACAGGACAGGUGGUUUUUGGAAAACCGCAUCCCGCAGAUGGGCGAGGCACGCGGCCGUGCAAUCCUAUUUCGGCGCUUUGGGCUCAAGGAAAACGCCAUUCGAAACGACAGCAAUUUUGGCUUUGAAGCGGCAUGGUGGAAGUACAAUACGCCUGAGGACGAUCGCGGGCGGUUUGUUGUGCAGGACUGGAAUGAAGUCAAUUCACCUGAGGACAUUCAAAAGAAGGUACACUACAUCAAUGCACAGGUUGAGCGUGCUGUUUCGUACAAUGCAACUGCGGAGUCAACCCAAGGUGACACCGCCAAGUUUUACGUUAAUUUUUGCUCCGGGUCCAACUUUUGGGACCCGCGUUGCUGGCCUAAGGGUGUAGCCAAAGGCGUGAACGCCAACAUUGAGGCCAAUUCGAACGGAAUGGGCUUCAUCAUUAUUGACUAUGCGGAGACUCGUGACUGGGAGAUUCCCCGCAAACUAGUGGCCCAUUCGCUCCAAGUUGCUCGCAAGCAUGGUUGA